AUGCCCUCGGACGAGGAGCUCGCCCACCUGCAGAAGCUGUCGAACGAGUACGAGCCCCAGGUGACGGGCCCGCUGGUCGGCGAGCGACAGUCGAGCAGCGCCAUCACCACCGAAUAUGCCAAUGCCGACCCCGUCUACCGCACCAAGACAGCUGCGCUCCCGUCCAAGUACUCCCACUACCGGACGUGCAGAGGCGACGGCCACUGCGGCUGGAGAGCUAUUGCGUUUACCUACUUCGAGGCCCUGCUCCGCGUCGGCGACAAGAACCGCUUCCUGGAGGAAGAGACGCGGCUGCGGUCCCUGCGUAACCUCCUCAACACCAUCGGCUUCCAGGAACACCUGUACGAGGACUUUGCCGAUGAGUGCUUCGACCUCCUGCGCCGCACCGGGGCGGCCAUUCCCGCCGUGGACGACAGCGCUGCCACCGAGCUGCUUGCUAGCUUCAACGACGUCGGUAUCUCGAUGGCCAUUAUUACCUACUUCAAGCUGUUGACGAGCGCCUGGAUCCAGACACACCCGGACGACUUCCAGCCUUUCUUGGAAUUUGGCCAGGACAUCAAGCAGUACUGCUCCACGCAGAUCGAGCCCUCCAUCUGUGAAAUUGACCACAUCGGCAUGAGUGCGCUAGCAGAGGUCCUCGUCAAGCCCGCCGGAUUUGCCAUGGAGGUGCUAUACCUCGACCGAUCGCCGGGAGACCAGGUCACCGAGUACAACUUCGAUCCUCUGGGUCAUGACGGCCUGCCAUUGCACAAUCCCCCUACGAUGCGACUACUCUACAGGCCUGGUCACUACGACAUCCUCUACAAGAUCGAGGAUGUGCAGUCGCCCAUCGUCUCCCAAGCUCCCCUGCACGUCAACUUGGCAGGCUACACCGACGACUUCGUCCCGAUGAGCAGAGGAAUGUCCGACGUGAUGACUCUGAUCCCUGGCCUCUAUCCCACCGGCAUGGGGGGCCAGAAUUGGCCUUCUGUCAGCUACGACUACCAGCCGACUCGUGUUCCUCAGCCGCAAAUGGCCCCAGUGUCAUCGUACGCUCCAGUGCCCGUCUCUGCUCCAAAUCAGGAGUACACCAACCCCGUGCACCAGAACGUCCCUCUCGACCCACCCGUGAACAUGCCACUCAAUCCUCUCAUGGCGAACGAGUCGGCUCGCGGAGGUCCAUUCAGGCCGUCAGUCUAUGAAUUGGAACCUGGCUUUCACUCCGGCCAAGCACCGCUCCAGUUCCAGACGUCGAUAUUCCGGAACUCCCACUACAACACAGCGCACUUCUUAAAUCCUGAUUUCCAGCCCGAGGAGUGGACGCCGGACUCGGAAUAUGUGACGACAAACCGCUCCCGGCACAAGUCGACGUCGCAAUAA